AUGCUGGGGCUAGUGGUGGUCGCCUUACUCUCCAUCCUCGUCUCUUGUGUCGCCUGUGACCUGCAUACACCUGGUCAAGCUGAAUCUGAAGUCACCACAGAGUUGCCUAAGUUUGAGAACGGUGGCAGCAAGACAACGAUUCCCCCGGUCAAGCCAGUCAUCAAUAUAACUGCAGUAUUUGAGGAGCAAGACCUGGACGAUUACAUCCCCAUCUUUGAGCGAGCACUAGUUGACUUAAUCAACGAGAGCACCAUUUUCACCUGGACCGGGCGUGUGCUUAGCGCCACUAGUGAUCUGAGAAGUUUGUUGACUGGGACGUGUGCUCACUUUGAAGGUGACAGAAGCCAGGUGCGACUGAUCGUCGUCUUCGGGAGAGUAAGGACUGUGCAGACUGUUAAUCUUAUAUCCGAAGCUCUGGGAAUUCCUGUCAUUGGAUAUAUGGUUGACAAAGGAGACGGCUACGUUCAG